GUGAGCAAAAGGGCAAAGAAAGAAGAGAAGUCAGUAUUAUUAGAUUGUAGAUUUCGGUGAGAGGAUUUGGUAAAAAUGGUGAAAGUUGCAACUUUCUUUGCUAUGUCUUUAGGAGCCUUUGCUUUUUGGCAAACUAUGGAUAAAAUCCAUGUUUGGAUCGCUCUUCAUCAGGAUGAAAAGCAAGAGAGAAUGGAGAAGGAAGCAGAUAUCAGAAGAAUGAGAGCACAGCUAAUCAGAGAAAACAAAGAGCGGGAAUCUCUUGCCUAAACUGCCAAGAAUUGCAAACCUAGUGGCAUUCAAUUCAACAAUUUGUUUUUUGAUGUCUUUUUGAAUGUUUCUGGACUUCUGCUUCUAUUCCAAAUUUUCAUAAAAAUCAUGUAAUGAUGGUCAUGAAUGUCUUCAAUGUACUCUAGUUUGGACCUCAGCACUCUGCUGUCAGUAGCAUGAUUAUGCUUGCACUGUUAAACCUGUUGCUACUUUUAAUCCGACAAUAAAUACCAUUAUUUUUUGGUUU